AUGGAGAUACUGAUCAGGCAGCAGCUGUCAGAUGCUGAAAGGCACCAAGAUGUUGAAGCUCUGAAGAGUAGUUACCAGUCAAUGAAGACAGCAGAUGAAGGGAAAUCAGCCCUUGAUUCCUCGGAGAGUUUCUCUUCUGACUUGUAUGUCUUGUGCGCAGAACAAGCACAUCAGAUGGGUUUCCCAGAAAUGAGCAUUGACUGUCUACAAAUGUAUUUUAAAGGAAAACCUCCCGUAAACCAGUUUUUGGGCAGGGCAUACUUGUGCCAGAGCCAAUUAUAUACCCCAGUAUCUACUGAUAAUUUGGAACAAUUUGAAAAAUUCAUUAUAAACUUGCUGAAAGUAUUAGAAUUUGCAUUAGAUGAUACAAGAUACUAUUUUUUGAUAUAUAAUGCUUCAGUUAUUUACUGGAAGGUUGUACGGCCAUUUUUUAAGCCUGGGUUCCUCCACUUUCUUAUUCCAAGCCUCUCUCAGAUUGUGACUGCGUUGAAACAUCCAACUGAGGAAGACAAGGACUGGACAGCAGAACUCAUGAUUGAGUUGAUUGAAUGUUUCCUGGAUGCUUCCAGAAUUGAAGAAGCCAUAGAUUUUUCAUCCACUGCAACAGCAUUUAUUAAAGAAAAUGUUCCAGGGAAAUAUAAAAAACUGUUUUCACUAAUGGUGCGUCACAAACUAGUGGACGCUGCACAAAUAGAAGAUGAACUUGAAAGCUCUCCCAGCCUGAACAUUAUUUAUAAAAUCCAAACAAUCAAACUGCAUUUAGAUAAAAAUGAGAUUCCACCAGAUGCUGCCACAGAUUUGAGUAAUACAUAUGAACUGCUGAAAGGAUCUAGAAGGAAAAUAAACCGUAUUGAAAGAAUUUCUUUGCUGAUGGAAUUGGCUCGACUGUCUUUGAAAUUAAAUUGUAUACCUAUUGCGUGUUCAUGUAUAAAUGACUUGAAGAAAUGUAAGAUUAGUGAUACAGCAAAAGAGAUUGAAUUAGACUGCUUGGAAUGUGACUGUGAAGUCCAGAAACUUGGGCCUAAAAUUGAAACAUAUGCUAAAAGCGUUGUUGAGGCUCAGCUAAAAGUAAUACAGAAACUUGAACUAAUUUUGAAUCGUGCGAUUCGGAUGCGAGACCCUAAUGUUAUUCAGGCAGUAUGUGCUACCCUGUGGAAUAUCUGCUUACCACUGCUGCAGCACAACUUGCAACAGCAUGUACGGAAACCAUUGUUGGCUAUUGCUGAAGUCCUAGAGAAGAUUGACAGCAUGUUGAUUUUAUUACGUUGUCAAGUUCAUAUGGAAAUUGCCCGUAUUGAGGAAAAGGCAGACAGAAUAGAGGCGGCCAUUGAACAUGUGCAGAAGGCCAUGUACCUUGAUAACAAUGGGCAAUAUCAUGAAUAUCUUAAAAUGGCCUUCCAUCGGCUUAACUUAAACACAAUGUUGUACAAGUCAUUGGAACGUCUAGAAGAUCAAGCAAGUUUGAUGAUUGAACAGGCUAAAAAGGGAACAUCAAAAGACAGUGUGAGAAAAAAACGGUCUCUGUUGGUGAAUGCUGGCCUUGCACUAGCUCCUGAGGCAUUUCAGAUUGUCCUUGAUAGCGAAAAUGAAGUUAAAGUUGCCUCAAGUAAAACUAAGGGUCCAAUUAGUUACCUCUGUGCAAAAGCAGAGCACCACACCAGAAAUGUGGAGAAAGCAGAUGUUCAUUUGAAGAGAAUAGGACAUGAAAAUGAAAAAGAGAGAAUCAGGCUUUGGUCAGAAAUAGCAAAAACAGCCCGGAAGCAAAGUGUGUGGGACGUGUGUCGGGCAGCAUGUAGAUUCUGCCUUUUAUAUGAUGAUUGUCAAAUGACGAAGGCCUCAAAGCGCAAAAAAUUAUUCAAGAAGAAAACUAGUAUGGUCAUAGUAGGUGAUGAACAAGAAGGAAAUGUACAAAGAGAAUCACCCUCACCCACUAAGUUAUUCUCUUUGGAAAAAGAUUUACUCAGAACUAUAGCAGAAGUAAGAUUCAUUAAUGCAGAGGCUACAAUCCAUUUAUUAAGAAUGGAAGGUGUCGAGCUCAACAAUCAUGCUGUUGUCCCUGUAGAAACAAAUCUGCACUCUCCAGGACAUGGUCUGCCACAAACUGGGCAUGAAUCAGAAUGGAAUAUAUACAGCACAUGGAUAGACCAAUUAUCUAAAUACGCUAUGGAAAACUUUUUACGGGCUGCCAAAAUUGGAGAAGAGUUAAAUGAAUCCUGGAUUGUACAUAACACUGUGGUAUAUGUCUUAAAUCACAAUAAGCAUCUGGUUAGUUCAAAAAGGCAAAGAGAAAUGGUCGAACCUCUACAUACUCUUUUCAAUGCAAUUAGGAAUACUGGGCAUUGUGGGAAUACUACUAUUUUAGUAACAUUAUGUAAUGCUCUGGCUCGGGGCCUAAUUCUUCCUUGGAUUCCAACACCGAUUCCCAAAUCUGAUGAAAAGAAAGUGACAGAAGAAGGACCCACCAAACGUAAAAAGGCUGCUCCAAAAGUAUAUGAAAAAUCAGUUUCUGCUGCAUCUUCAUCUGUGGAUCCAGCUGGGAUUCAUGAUAUUAAAUCAGCCAUUGAGGUUUGUGAAUUUGCCAUGCGUUUGCCUAAUGGAAGUGUACCUGAUGAACCGGUGCCCAUCGCUAUGCGUCAACAGGUUAUUGCGACUUGGGUGAAAGCCAAACAAUUAGUUCAGCAUCAGAUUGGGAGGUGGCAUGGAUCUGAUGAGGAGAGUAAUGAUGAAGGGUCCAGUCCCAUGGCAAAAGUUUUUAUUGGUCUGGAAAUGUACUCAUGCAACGGUUUGGGUCUCAUGGACUUUUCACUUCCCAACUUGCCUCAUUUGGUGAAGAUGGCUUUAGAGUGCCACUGGCCAGACCCACUAGUACAACUUCAGACGCUGACCAGGCUUACACAUUUUGCACACACCAUCCAUGACCAUGAGCUGGUGAUGACGUGCUCUCAGAAGAUUUUGGGAUUGGAUGAUAAGGUGCCAUACAACAAUGAUGCUAAGAAAAAGGAAAUGAAUGAUUACACGGUGAGACAAGGAAUGCUAAGCAUUGCUGCUUGUACACAAGGGAAGAGUAUGAUGGAAAACUUGGCUGGCAAAAAACAUUUGCGUGCGGCGGCAUCAAAAUCCUUUGUUGAAAGUGCAAGGUAUGCAGGAGAAGCAGGGGACAUUGCUCUUGCCUUGGUAGCAGCUAGACAUUUCUGGAAUGCCUGCUUACCUUUCAUUGGGUCUUCAGCAGACAGGCAGCAGCUCAAAAUGCCCACUGAAGUAAUUCUGAAAAGCAUCAUUAAAGCAUCCGAAGCCAAAAAUAAGCAGGAAACAGAUCAUAUGUUAGAGCUGCAUCAGUGGGCUACAAUAGAUUUUCAAAGCAGCAGUUCAUCAGAUGGGCAUUUUUUUCCAGGUGCUGAUGAGGAUCUGACCUUAAGGACAUUCUUGUAUGUAUUAUUAUUCCAAGUGUAUGCUGAUAAAAACGACUGGGAAGCAGGCCUCAAAGUCUUAGAUGAGGCUAUUCAGUGUCUCCCUCGAACCAAGCACAGACUUCCAAUUUUUAAACACAUGGUAAUGGUGAAGGCAAGACUUGGACGUAACUAUAUAAUGGAAAUUCAGAAAUUCCGAGAUGAAAGUGAAGACUACUUGUCGCAUAUGUGGCAUCGACUGGCAUCUGUGUCCUCAGAUCUUGUGGGACAGCUAUCCUGUUUCCAAAAUACAAUUGGAGUUUUACAGAAAAAAGAAUAUGAAUUAAAGAAAGUUGAUAACCUAUUAAGAUUUGCAGAAUGGCUAUAUUGCAAACAGUUUCCUCUUAAUGAAGCUAUUAAACACCUGGACUGGGCAAUUUCUAUACUGCUGUACCUCAAACCUGUCCAAAAAAGCCCUGAUGAGGAAGAUUCAAGAGACAAAAUUAUGAUUGAAGAUUUAAGAAGUAUAAAGCAGUUAGAAGCGUUGUUUAGAGCUCAUACAAUAAUGGCAGUGAUUUCUGGCCAUGGUUCACCGUCUCAUGAGCAGCACUGUUUGAUGGCAUACGCUUUCGUGAUGCGCAUAUGGCAGAUGUCACUGACAUCAGCAGGAUCUGUUUUAAAAGCAUUGGCCAAAGUUUCACCAACUCAGCUAACUACUCCCAAAACAAAAGGGAAAAAAGAUGCAAAACAACCUGCUGGUAAUUCACCAACAACCCCUCCUAAAAAAGAUAAAUCGUCAAAGGAAAUCAAGCGGGUAUGUGUUCUUUUAAUACCAUGUUCUGAUUUCUUUAAUCCUAGUGAAAAAUAAACUUUCUUAAAAUGAGAAUCUUAUUUUCAGGUACAGUCAGUCACUAAGGAGAAGCCUAAGCGGAAAGGACCAAUUGAAGCCUUACCUGCAAAUUUGGAGGAUUGGGCUAGCUAUGAAUGUCCUGAUGAAAUAAGAGAUGCCUUUAAACAGGACUCGAGUGGCUGCGCUAUGAACAGGGAAACCAUUGUAGCACCUACGCGGACCUUAUAUUACAUAGACCUUUUAGUGAAGGAGCUACAGGCAAUUUUGUGUACUCACAUGACCCUUCCGGUUCUUCAUCUGGCUGAGGUCAUUGCUCAUGAUUUCGUGGAAAGCAAAAGUCUGUCAGACCUCUACCGUCUUCGACUCUCCAGAGUAUGCUUAGACUUAAAGUUGUGUCAAGCAUCUUCUUAUCAUGAGAAGGCAGUCGGUGAAAGAUACAUUAAUGAAAUGGAACAAGGAAGGUUUAGGCAAGAAAUUGCAUUUAAAAAUGAGAAUGCCAUACGGGAUAAUCAGAAGGAAAAUAAAUUAUUUGACUCUACAAAGCAAGGCAAUGUGGAUCAGAGUAAAACAUUGUUGAUUGCAAAAGAUAAGAUUUUGGAACUAAAUGUCACUACUGAAAAGGAUUUAUGCGGUCUUUCUUUCCCCUACUUGUGGAUCGACAAAGCUGAAGUCCUAAUCCAACUGUGUUUAUAUCAGCCAGCAAGACUACUACUUUCAGAAGCACAUCGAGCAACUCAGGAAAUGGAUGACCCAUGUGCCCCAUCUGCUGUAUCACGGUGCCUUUACCUUCUAGCCAUACUAGCUAACUUGGAAAAAAAACACAGACAAGCUAAAGCACUUCUUGAACAGGCACAACUGAUAGGAGGCAAUGAGCACUUUUGGCACAUUAGCACUUUGUGUGUCACGGAUGCCAUUUUAGGGCAAGACAGGGAAGAAAAUGAAAAAAUGGCUUGCCAUUUUCUGCAAAAAACCGUAAAUGUCUUGAGACCUUUAUUGGUGGAAAGAUCUAACAGUGAAUCUGAAUUGGUUGUUAUAAUUGCAUGUCUUGAAGCCAGGAAAGCUUACAUUCAGAUUGAUUUAGCUAAAAAUUUCACCAAUACUUGUCAUCAUUUUACUGAGUUAGAAAGACUGUUGCUGGAGCCAUAUGAUAGACUAAUUCACAUAGAGAAGGACUUCCUUUUUUAUGGCUAUAAAGAUCGUUGUGCUGAGGCUUUGAUGGCACGUGCAGAUAUUCACAAGAUGUUAGGUAAACAUACAACAUAUACUGUAGACAAGCAGAGUCAUUACCUAGAUGCAUACAGAUUAGCUCAAGAAGCAGUAUCACAAAUGGAACAGCUUUUCCGCCAUAUUAAUAAUGUGCUUCCUGUUAAUGAGACUAGGAAUAUUAAUACACCAUUGAUGAGAAGUCUUGCUAGCAUGAAGUUGACCCUUAUAGAGAUCAUUCUGGAUAUUUUUGUUCUUACCAAUAUUGAGAGAAAAAAGAGAGAAGCUGGAGCGGAACAAAUUGAGCAAAUUAUUGAGGAAUUUGUAAGAUUUACACCUGACCCUUCUUCUGUUGAACAGGCAUGGAUAACCCUUGGGCACACAAUUGGUCAUAACGCCCAGGCUCAACUAACAAGCCUACAGAGUCUUUAUACCGGCUGUCCUGAUAUCAGAGCCAAGUACCUCUAUUUCACUGGAAGGAGUCUGCAUUUGCUUGCUGAUCAAACAGACCCUUUAUGUUCAAAUUUUCUUUGGAGUGAACGUGCAGCGGAGGAAAUUAAAAUAAUCUCCGAGAAAUCGCCUUCUCCAGAGGCAGAAGCAAAAUGUGAUGAAAGUGAAACACCAACAACUUGUCUAACACUUACUAAAAAACAGCUUGAUGAGUACAGGCGAAAGGCAAUUGAAUUAAGGAGGAGACAGACCUUGACCCAGAAAUACCUGUUUCAGUCAACGGAGGUUUUGCUGCAAUGCAUUAAUGUUGCAAUCAAUAACAACCUGAUAGAUACCUUGGCUGCUGCUAGUUUGGAAAUGGUGGAGUGCUUUGGACGAUUUGACCCAGUUUCAGCAACCCAGUUUUUGGCUCUUUAUCAGAGCUGUUCAGCAUCAAUGAUGAUGAAAAACAUCCUGUUAGAAGCUACGUUGAACACCAGCAGUUCACAACUGGCAGCUAUGCUGCAUCUACAGCAACACUUAGAAAAAAAGGGAGAUACAACAAGCAGCCUUUUCAAAAAUGUGGAGCAGAGAUUAGCUACUAUCUCAAAGGCAUGGGGAAACCUUUGCAUUUCUACACAACACUUUAAUAUCAUGAAUGAAUUGCCACCAAAUUUUCAUGUAAUCAUUCUCCAGCAUUCAGAAGACAGAUCUCUCUUAUAUGGUGCAGUUCUUGAGAAAGUAAAAUCAACCAACCCAAAAGAACAAAGGGAGAAGGAAAAAGGUGGACAACAGAAGGAAAAAGCUGGACAACAGAAAGAAAAGGGUGGUCAGAAGGAAAAGAGUGGACAACAGAAAGGAAAACCCGUUCAACCAACUUUGAAGGCUAAAAUUGUGCGGUCCUCUGUGGAUUCGGAUACAUUCUUGAAUUUGUUGAAUAAGGUAAAGCUUUUCAAAGAGGAGAACAUGAAAAGUCUCCUGGAACGACUAUCACCAGAUACAACCCAGGGAGACCGACGAUGGCAAGGAUCAGCUGCCGAAUUAGAUACAAAUGUGGAACAUAAAGAUGAGCAAUAUUGUACAUCAGAAUUCCAGGCUAUAUUGAACGAUAUGGAAGAAUAUCUGAAACCUGUUUUGUCGCAGUUUGACUUCUCUGAGCUAAGGCACCAAAGUCCAGCAGUCUCCCCAACUGGCUCAGGAAAAAACAAAGGUGACUCAGGAAAAACUAAAACAGGUGACUCAGGGAAAGCCAGGAAAGGUAGUCCAGGAAAAAGUAAAGCAGAUGACUCUGGAAAAAACAAAGGAAAUGAGGCAGGGAAAGCUAAAACUAAGGAGAAAAAUAUUGCAGCUCAAGCUGGUCCUGAAGAUAUAGGAGAAUGCAUAAUACUACUGGUGGACAAAUUCCUUAUGGAGUUACCUUUGGAAACUUUGCAUAUCUUUCAAGACGAGGCAAUAGGUUCUGUGUCCAGAGACUUUUCUCUCCAGAUUUUAUACAACCGCUUACAUAAAGAAGAAUCAGAAAACGAAGUAAAAAGAGAUAUAAAGGGUGCAAAGGAAUCAAAACCAAAAGCUGAACAAAAAAAAGGCAUGAAAAUACCUGCCCUUAAUCGUGUUCUGCUACCCAACUGCAUCUCAAUUGAUAUACAUAAUGUUAAAUAUGUUGUGGAUCCAUAUAAUGAUGGAAUUGAUAAUGAAUUAGAAAAUCCUGCACAAAAUUUUAAGACAAUCCUAGAAAAAUAUGAGCUAUUUACACAUCGUUGGGAUGGAGUGAUUGGUAGCACACACUUUCCAAGUCAAGUUGAGUGGGAAAACCUACUGAAUAACUGCAGUGCACUUGUAUUCUCUGGAAUGGCAAGAUUCCUCUCACAUAUAUUACUUGACAGACUAGUUGCUAUGAACAUCCCAGAAUGUCAGUUGAUGAUACUUUCAGAACUUGUACAUUCAAAACCAAGUAUUAUACGAGUGAGAAAUCUUGAUGAAGAUAAAAGUUCUUUGCGUCUGUCUCUGGAGAUGCCAACAGGGACAGCAAUCAUUCUAAGCCUUAUUGGAGUGCAUUCAAUCAUCGUCAACCAAUGGUAUACUACCCUGGAAGAGAAUACAGCAAGACUGGAAAGCUUGUGUGAAAAUUUAUUAAAAGUCGGCAAAACAACUGGACAGGCUGUUCGAGUUCUUCAAAGGAGUAAGACUUCCCUGGAUGAGUCACUCAAAAUGGAAUCAAAUCGUAUGGAUUCUCCUGAAGACAAGAAAGAAGACCAGAGGGCAAGUCCCAGUGAGUUAAGCCACCCUGCAAUUCAGCCAUCAGCUCUUAAUGCUGUUUUAUAUGGGCUGCCCAACAUGAUGUUUACAUGAUUCAAAACAGAUUUCUUUAUGUA